GCAGUAGCGUAGAUUAAAGAGAACUACCGUUUUUGUUACUGACAUAUUUUCUCAAUGUAAACCAGUCAGUCGUAUGCUACAAAAUCUUAUAUGUUGUGUAUCCUAGUUAUGCAAUUGUCUUGCUGAUAAUUAGAACACCGAAUUAUUUAUUGUUUUUCUGUUCCUUUCUUGAAAGCUAUUUAUUAUUUUUUUUCUGGAGUACGUUUUGAAUUGAAAUCGCAAACAUCAACCGGACGUUUGAACAUAUUGCUCAGUCCGUUUUGCGUGUGUUUCUCGUUUUUCGACCUUUAAUUAUCUGCAUAUUUAUUUUUCUAUAUUUCACCGGAAUGCAAUUAAAAAAAAUUGCUAAACAACCAAAAAAAAGCAAUAAACAAUCAGACUUCACUGUUUCGGAUCAACAAAUAGAGAAAUGGGGAGCACAUAUACAUCAAAUUGACAAGUCUAUCCGAGACAUGAUAGAAAAUGCUCGACUAUUUUAUGAUGCUUGGCGCUGUGUGGUUUGUCUUGCACCAUCUGUUACGGCGUCUUGGAUUUCUUUGUAUAGACAAUUUCCGACUGAAAGGAACCCAGCCGCUUCUCUAGGGACUUUAGUAGACUGGAAUAAAGCAUUAGAAAGGCAGAGAAGAGAAGUGUUACUAACUUUACAAAACUUUCAAUUAACAGUGUUAGCACCUUGCAAGGAAGUAAAGGCACACGUGAAAAAGGCUGUUGAAAUGAUUAAACGAAGGGGUAGAAAGGUGAAUGAACUUGAGAAGAUACAAAAGGAAUUAUUAGUUGUUUACGAAUUACCAGAUCCGGAAACGAAGAAAUAUAAGAUUAAAACAUUACAGGCUCACUUAGUACGAGUCAACAACGAGCUUAAUGAGGUGCAAAAGCACAUUACAUUAUCGUUUCCUACAUUGAUUAAUAAAUGUCAAGUAUUUUUUGGUCAAUUAAUGCGGCAUUUUUUCUGCCUUCAAUUACAAAUGUUUCGAAAAAUGCACAAUAUAACCCGUCCGUGGGAUUGUUUUCAAGACGAUAUACCAAAAACAUGGCUCGUCGAAUUUUCUUCCGUAUGUCAAGCCGCUGAAAAUCUUCCGCUGAUAUCUAUUGAAAACACUCGCCCACCAGUCGAACUUCCGAAACCGUCAGAAGCUUUGUCCGAAGGAGAAUGGGAAGCUGGAAAGAUCGACGCUAUGAAUGCUCUUUUAUCUCAACAUCCACAUCAUUCUCCUUCUCAAAGCAGUUUAUCUCCUACAUCCACUGCUAGUUCAUCUGUUGCUGCUUCCCCUAUCGACACACAUGCUCCUUCAACCCCGGUGGUCUCAAGACCUUCUUCAAUGCAGAAUUUAGCUUCUGCACUUGAACCAGAAGAAGAGCCAAUGUCACCUAGUCAAGCACCCGUUUUGAAAACACCGACAACACAUCCUCAUACGAAAAGCAAUAGCCAUACCACAAAUACUAUGUAUACAUCUGAAUGGUCAUUUUUAGCAUCUGGAACUGCUAACGUUGUAUUCGAAUACAUUGGAAAAAACCCAUUCUUUCAAGAUAAAGUUCUUCGACUUCGCCGACGAGGUCAGACUAUUUCAACAGAGCAAGUUUACGACUACUACCAAAAUACUAUAUAUCCUUUAUUUUCUGGAUUUGAACAAUAUUUGAUAGAAAUAUAUCUUCAACCAGUUACCAAGGAUUUUUUGCUUGGUACUCAAAAUGCGUCAGGUAUUUUUCUAAAUCUUAAUGAGUCGUUUUGCAUUUUAAUGCAAGACCUAAAGGAAGGAAUGGAAAUGAAACCCAAAUGGCUCACUCAGUCUCCGGCUGCUCCGGACGACUGGGUUGUCUGCAGAACCUGUGCCAUGAGUCGUAUGCGUGGAAAGCCUAUAAGUUUUUGUCCUCUUCAACUUGAUUAUAAUAAUUGGCCAAAAUUUCUUUCUGUGUUCCAGGGAAUGGUUGGUCCCGAGAUUGCUUUGACGUUGUUUCAAUCAGGGAUCUUAAAGAGACUGCGUGAUUUACAAGAAGAAUAUUCUCGUAAAGAUGUCGCAUUAGCAAUGACACUUCGAGAUGUAACGCUAUAUAUUGGUAAAGACAAAAUCACACUGUUAGACUUGGACCCUAAAGAUAUUCAUACAAAGCUAGCAAAAUGGGAGCGUGAUGAGCGGAACCUUUUUGACGGCGGAUGGUAUUAUGGACGUGGAAUGAAAUCUACCGAUCAGGCAUGUCGAAGUGCCUAGGGAAUUUCUGUUAUUCAGAAAAUUAUGGGUAUCCCUUCAUAGAAUGAUAACACUUGUGAAAUGGUAAAUUUUCAAUAUAUACUCGCAACUUACUGAAUAAACCUAAUUUUUUCUUUGAUAUAUUGUCAACCAAAUCUUUAAAUUACAAACUUUUUAACUUAUUUUUAAUAAUUAAAUAUAUAAAUAUCAUGUUUUAUAAUUGAAAAGUGGUGUUUAGAUCCUCACUGCUUUUGCGCUGUUCAUCUGUCCCGUAUCAUUCAACUACCAA